CUCUCUCUCCCUCUCUCUCCCCCCUCUGUCUCUCUCCAUCCUCUCCAAAUCUCUUUAGGCUACUUUGCGCAUGUUCGGACAGUCACACUCAACAUUGCUUCGACUCCAAGAUGGCGAGAGCACGUCUGGCUUGUCUCUUGACUCUUCUCUCAACUCACUGCUACUUCAGCGUGUUUGCUGUGGUGCUGACGACGGACAACGACUCGCCAUGGACAGAUGAGUUUGACAAAAUUGAAUUAUCGUGUUUGAUUGACUCCAUCUCGACACCCAAUCCCAGAAUCGAGUGGAAGAAAAUAAAAAAUGGAGGACCCAGUUAUGUCUAUUUUGACAAGAAAAUUUCAGGUGAUCUGGAAAACAGAGCGGUGAUCAGAGAACCCGCCACACUCGUGAUCACCAACGCAACACGGUCCGACACGGCGAAAUACAGAUGCGAAGUGACCGCUGCAGAUGACCAGAAGUCAGUGGAUGAGAUUGUGAUCAACCUGACUGUAAGAGUGAAGCCCGUCACUCCCAAGUGCAGCGUGCCCAAAUCAGUGCCUGUUGGGAAGUCAGCUGAGCUGAGCUGCGUGGAGGAAGAGGGCUUCCCAAAGUCUCAGUACCAGUGGUUUAAGGGCAGAGAGGAGAUCCCGGAUGACCCCAAGACCAGCCCUAAGUUCUUCAACUCAUCAUACACGCUCAACGCAGAAACAGGAACUCUGAAAUUCAUUGCGGUCCGAAAAGAAGACGCUGGCGAGUAUUUCUGUCGAGCCAAGAACCACGCAGGGGCCGCAGAGUGUCCGCAUCAGAUGAUGGAAGUCUACGAUAUAGACAUAGUGGGAAUCGUGUUGGGAGUGCUGGUGGUGGUGGUGGUGCUCUUGUGUAUCACUGUGGGGAUCUGCUGUGCCUACAAGCGAGGCUACUUUGCCAGCCAAAAACAGACUGGCAACAAUUACAAAGUUCCAUCGAAAGGAGACGGAGUGGACUACGUGAGGACGGACGAUGAGGGUGAUUUCCGACACAAGUCGUCGUUUGUGAUCUGAAAAUGAAGGCGCUGUUGACGAAGGCGGGGGGGACAUGCCGAGGCGGAGACGUGACAUGUGGUCCAGGCGCGCCACGUCCUCUGACCACGCAGCCGCCACAGUUCACACUCUGAGCUCUCGGCAUUCCGAAAAUUCCAACUAUUCAAGUUUGCCAAAGGUGACAGGAUUACACAGGACAACAAAAUGUAACAACGACGAGACACUUUUGGGACUGAAGCCACCAUUUCUCACCUACGAGUGAAUUGUCAAUCAUGGAAACGCUGGAUCCGAAAUCCUGGAGGAGGAAAGUUGUCUGCCGUCACACAUUGCUCCCGUUUCACCCCUCUGUCAUUUCAGUAACAUUUCUUUUCUACUGUUGACCUUUUUGUCAGACUAUUUUUGAUGGAAUAUAUUUUAAAAGGCCUAUAGAUAAAGGUUUACUUUUCUAAAUAUUUGUAAAAUACUAACUGACGUGUUUUUUUUUUUGUUUGUUUUUGUCCAAGGAUUUUUUUUUUUUUAAAGUGUUACUUUGAA